AUGCAUUAUUACGUCACAGAAUCUGGAAAGGCUCUGUUUGAUUAUGGAUGCGCUGUUCCACAGACAUGUCUACAAGGCAUCGGUCCUAUUUUUGGAAGACGAUCAGAAGGUCAUCACGUAAAAUGUGUCGUGUGCUGUAAUGACACAAUCUCAUGUAAUCGAAAUCUGACAUGUAACCAGAAUAGUUUACAAAAUUCAUCAUUUCCAAGAGAAUGCUCGGACAUUAAAGGUAUCUUAAAAAAUGGCGUAUAUACAAUUUAUCCAUUUGGAAAACCUACACCGCUUAUGUCUGUAUUCUGUGAAGUUGAUGGGAAUGGAAAUGUCUGGACGGAUAUACAGAGGAGAAUCGAUGGCACCGUUGAUUUCUUUAGAAACUGGACUGACUACAAACAUGGUUUUGGUAAUGCACAAGGCGAAUAUUGGAUUGGAAACGAUAUAAUACAUCAGAUAACAUCUAAUGGAAACCACAGAUUGCAGAUUAUAAUGACAGACUUUUCAAGUGUUACGAAACACGCAAGCUAUGACAGUUUCAGUGUGUCGAAUGAGACAAAUGGCUAUAAACUUUCUCUUGGGCGUUACAGUGGAGACGCAGGUGAUUCUCUAACCAGACAUAACGGACAAAAGUUUACGACAUAUGACAGAGAUAAUGACCCUUACGGUGGAUGGAAUUGUGCCACACAUUAUCAUGGAGCCUGGUGGUAUCAGGCAUGUCAUGACUCAAACCUAAAUGGAAAAUAUUCCCUUACAUCUCAUUGCCCAUAUGAUAUGUCUACAAGGCAUUGGUUCUAUUUUUGGAAGAAGAUCAGAAGGUCAUCACGUUAA